AUGGAUUUGCAAGGCUUCCUGCGGCCGGAAUGCCGCCGCAAAGGCCUAAACUUGCGCAAUUGCUGGCAGAGCUACAUCGAUGUGAAGAAGACCUUCAGCGAAGUCUUCAAAGAAAAGAAGUGCAGCUUGCAGGAGAUGCUGAGCUGCCGAGGUUUGCAGUUUCAAGGGAGGCCUCACUGUGGUUUAGACGAUUCCAAGAACAUCGCUCGCCUGGUCGCGGAGCUGCUACGAGAAGGACAUUGUCUUCAACCACCUCCGCUGCCAAAACCCAAGGAGCCCAAGGCGCCGCCGCAGCCCAAGGCGCAGCCAAAGCCGAAUGCCGCGAAGAAAGCGAAGAAGGGCAAACGAAAAGGAAGAAAGAAAUGA